AUGCUCGAGGAUCGCGCGGUCCGCGACGGACAGCCCGGGUACAUGCGACCCACAUUGUCGGCCAGGUGGCGCUGGUGGGCGGACAGGUGUCGCGAUGAGGAAGCCCAGCCGAUCGCGGCGCCACCGCCCGGCGGGAGGAUCGAGCCGGCCAGGCCGCUGAGAGAGAUCCCGAGGUACAUGCAGCCCACGGAGUCGUCGCGGGCCAAGCGGCGGCCGGCGAUGAUGCGGCCGCUGAGGAUCGAUUUGCGGCGAGAGGGGGCGGAGGCCGCCGGGCGGACGGGCGAGCGCCCUGGAGCGGUGAUGGACUCGGUGGCGGCCUCACCGGACCCCUCCCCGGCCGCCGACUCCGCCAACUCAAUGCCCGCCGAUGCCAUCCCGUCGCCCGAUGCCGACCCUGAGACGCCCCCCAGGCGGCGCCCGGCCGCCAGCGUGUUCGUCACAUCCGUGGACAGCGCCGCCGAUGGGGCCCUGGGGUCCAAGGCCAACGCCUACGAAGGCUUCAAGAGGACGGGGAAGCGGGUGCCCCUGUGCAAGGGCCGACCGCUGGUGUACUACCUGGGCAAGGAGAAUGUGUCCCCCCUGGAGGCCGAGUUCGCAAAGUACUGCGACGAUGACAAAGAGGAGAGGAGCGAGGAGGAUGGAGGGGAGGACGGGGAGGCCGUCAAGGGGUAUUUGGGAUCUCUGGGCAGGAGGUUCGACUGGAGGGGGAGCUGGUCGGUUGCCGGCGUGGAGGAUGAGCACUGGUGA